AUGCAAAUUAUGGUCCAAUUUACGCAUUUUGAACUGCUGGUUCUUCGUCAGUGUCGCAGACACAUCCUCCGGGUCCACCACAUGAACAUCCUCGUUCGAAGCAUCGCCAUCCUUUAUGACUACCACCUUCAGCACCUGCUGCGGAUAUCGGUCCAGCUGCAGGUUUUUUCUUCGAGUCGCGGAAAGCUUCUCGAACUCUGUAGCAGCCGUCUCCUUCGACGUCAACACGUCCGGCAAUUGAUACUCAAAGCAAUUGAGAACACUCUGUUUAGCCUGGUGCCGCACCGUCUCCUCCGAGACCUUGAGCGGAUUCGCAAACGACUCCGCUAUAUUAGACUUGUACGUAGCUAUUUUUGUCUUGUAAUGGCCCUCGCCCUCGUCGCUCCCCAAACUUCCAAAAUACAACCUCUGGUAAUCAUCGAGCGGGCUGUCCGAAAGAACCACCUCAUCGAGAUUCACAUGAUGCACUGGGAAUCGCGGCGUUCCGUUGUCCUGAACCAACGCCAUCCUCCAAACAGCGCCUUGAUUGUUGGUAGCAAAAAAAUGAUAUCAAGAAAUGUGGCAAAAAAUUCACUCAAAACUCACUUCACCAAUAUCCUCCCUUCAAGUUUAUAUACAAUACAAUAA